AUGCCUUCAGCCGACGUCUUGUCCUCUUCCGCGAAACCCAAUGGUACCAGCUCAAGCCGAGAGGAGCUGGCCUACUAUAAGGCGCAAUAUGAACAACUCGAGUCGGAGUUGUCGGAGUUCCAGGCCUCCAGUCGGGAGUUGGAGGCGGAGCUGGAAAAGGACAUCGAGGCAUCGGAGAAGCGCGAACGACAACUGAAGGAGAAGGUGGAGGCUAUGAAAUAUGAGGUCGAGGAAUGGAAGUCCAAAUACAAGCAGUCCAAGUCGGAGGGCGAUGCGUCCCAGAAUCGCCUGCAGAAAGAAAUCACUUCGCUGCGUGAUACCAAUCGAACUCUUCAGCUGAAGUUACGAGACAUCGAAGUUGCAAAUGAUGAUUACGAACGCCAGGCCCGACAUACGACUUCAUCCCUGGAGGAUCUGGAGUUCAAAUACAACAUGGCCAUCGAAAGAGGAGUACUCCUGGAGGAGGAAAUCAAGACCGGGGAACAGGAGCGGGAAGACCUUCGCAUUGAGAAUCAACGCAUUCGCGGUGAACUGUCAGAACAGAGGAUCGAAACCGAGAUCGUACAGGAGAAACUUCGGAAUGCCGAUAUGAAUGGCAGCCGACGCAGAAAACCCGCUCCCUUGGGCCGCAGCCCGUCCACGCCGCAGACCCCCGAAAUCUUCGAUCGCUCCCCAGCAACGUCCAUCGUGUCCUCGCCUUUGUUUGCCACGCCCCCGAUGAAACAUUCGCUGAUCUCUGCCGCUGCGACUCCCCCUUCACCACCCAUCUCCGAGUCGUCCAGUAGCAUGCGAAAGUCCAUCACGGCGACGCCUGGUUUCCCUUUCCAAAGGGCCUCGGCUUCCGAGCUUGGUUCGCGGUCUUUGCAUGGCUCCCGGACGCAGAGAUACAACUCUCACUCUUACUCGAAUCACAACAGCAACGGCAGCCACCACAAUCCCAAUCACUCUCGUGCAACUUCCUUUGCUUUUAGCACUGGCCGCCCCAACUCGUCGAUCACCUCUCGUCCCGGUCUACCGAAAGCCAACACGGCCGCCACUCGGUCGUCGGCCUCGGGACUUCCCAAGUCGGGAUCCUUAUGUCAAAUCCGUGGCCUGAUCGGCAAGAUGCAGAAGCUGGAAGAGAGGGUCCAGUCGGCCAAAUCGAAGCUGCCUCCGCCCUCAAGUUCCCCGUCCCGAGCCUCCUCGCGCUCGGGAUCCGUGGUGGGCGAAAGCCCCGUCGCUUCGACCAUCACGGCUCGCCGAAACUCCCGCAAGCGAUUGAGUGGCAGCAGUUUCAGUUCGUCGGUUCACGCCGACAGCUCCUCAUCGUAUCUGACGCACAAUCGACCAUCCUUUAGCGCUCGGACUCAGGGCGAUAGCCGACCGAGUAGCCGCACCAGCUACUCUAGCUCGUUCAGCCAGAGUACCCACCCUAGUAUCACGCCGUCCACCCGUCCCGAGAGUCGUCAGAGUCGCACCAAGACGCCGCUCGGACAUUACUCGACCAACCCGACCACGGAAAGUCGGCGACCUCGCUCCUCUCUCAGCAAUCCGUCGACUCACGGCGCUCCUGUGAACGGGAUGGCUCACAUUGACGAGGACGAGGAUCUGGCGCUCCGCAUGUCUGUGCGGGCUAAGAUCAGUGAGGCUCGCGAGACCCGUCUCGGCUCAAUUUCCUCCUCCGCCUCCAGCACCCCCACCACCCCCAACGGGCUUAAUGGAAUUAAUGGGGUUAAUGGAGUCAAUGGAGUUAAUGGGCUUAAGAAGCGCACUCCUAGUGGAAUCUCUGCCAUCCCAGCACCUCGAAGCCUCCGGGCCAAUAGCGGGCUGGAUCGGGGAAAAAUCAACAUGGGGUCACUACCUGAGCCGCAACCCCAGGCCCACGACUUGGGUGAAACGUUCUAG